GACCUCAUCUUAUACCUCGAGCAUGUCGAGACUACGCUUACGGCGGAGAAUAGUCGCCUAAUUAAAGAGAUUGAAGAUACAAGACUCGAUCUAUCCGAUGCUGUCAAGUCUAGAAGAGAGCUCCAAAAGACUGUCGAUAUGUAUGCGAAGGAUAUUGAGCGCAUCAACGAAAAUCAUACACUUUUCAAGAACCGAAACCCAUACAUUACCGUGCUCAUCGACGGAGAUGGGCUUAUCUUCCAAGAUCAAUAUGUCCGACAAGGCGUCGAGGGCGGGAAGAGGGCCGCGUACGCCCUCCGUGCUGCCGUGGCUGACCAGUGCGGAAUCAUGGCCCAGGACAUGGAGAUAUCCGCCAAGAUCAUCGCCAACCUGGGCGGCCUGAGUAAGGCCAUGGUCCGCGAUGGCGUCAUCGACAGCGUCACCGACCUAAGGGGCUUUUCCCAGGGCUUCAGCCAGGCCAUGGCGUCUUUUGAUUUUAUCGACGUCGGCUGGGGUAAGGAAAGGGCCGAUACAAAGAUCAAAGGCGUAUCCCACGACAGCGGCUACGCCCCCUUCCUAGACGAGAUACUGCGCGACGAGACGACUCGUCUGCGCGUCACCGUUAUCCAGGGCGUCCCCGCCGCUCGGGCCCUCAUCGAGACGGGCGUAAACGUAUUCGAGAUUGGAAGCGAUCUCUUCCGUCGUGAGAAGCUGUUCGAACGUACCAGUACUACCGCCACCGAUGAUAACAACAAUGCUGCCGUCGCUCCCGCCGCCACGGCCACCUCCCUAACCAUCACCACCCCGCUCGGCAGCACACCGUCCGAGGCCCCCAAGCUGCCAGGCGUCAGCCAGGCUCAGGCUCAGGCCUCGGCCGCCAGGGUUCCCUCCCCCCUCCCCGGCGUCGACACUACCAAGGCCAGCAGCAGGGCGGCCUCACCUCCCCCCCGCCUCACCGUGGCCCUGCCCCCUCGCCAGCAGCAGGCGGGCAGGCAAAAGGCCCAGCAGCAGCAGCAGCAGCCAAAGUGGAACCCCGGACCGCGCGGCCUGGACAGACCCAUCGACGUCAACCCCGUCGUCGUCGAGGCCAUAAAGAAGCGCAAGGAGAAGCUUUGCAAGAACCACUUCCUCCGUCCGCCCUGCGUCAGCGGCAGCGAGUGCGUCUUCGUCCACAAGUACAACGCCACGGACGAGGAGCUGGACGCCAUCGCCGUGCUGACCAGGCUCAACCCUUGCUCGUUCCUGCAGGAUUGCGACGCGGACGAUUGCAUCUACGGUCAUCAUUGCCCGAGCAUGAAGAAUUUGACCUGUACACACCCUCACUGUCGUUUCCCCGUCGACUCCCACCCGCCGGGGACCAAGUUCAAGAACCCUUAUAUCAAACAGAAUUAG